AGUCGCCUAGUGUUGGUCCAACUGAUAACUUCGGUGCCUCUCAAAGAUGAACCACAGUGAGAAGAUGUUUAUAUGGUGAUUGUGAAUUUUGUUUCUUCCAAUAUUCGAGCAGUUUGCAUUUUCCUUUUGAAGACAGAUCAUUUUGCAAGAGAAAAGUGACUUGGAAAAUUCGUGUAAAUAUGAGUGUAAAUAAUCACAGUGCAAGAGAUGGAGUGAGUGAGGGCAAGGGAGAUGAGGAGCACCUUCUCAAUCAUCAGGAGAAGGAGAGCAAUAAUGUGAAGUGCCACCAAAUGGACAAUGAUCACAAAGUUGCCACAAAGACCACCGAAGAUCUCGAAGAUCUCUUCAACAACAUGCCCCUCACUGAUGAGACAACAUGUGGAUUUUGGAUAUUCAAGGGGACAUUCUUUCAGAGAUUUGCCAAUAAGAAGGCAUACGUGUUCCUCUACGGCGUCGUUGGAUGCAUCUUCAGUGCAACAUACGCAUACUUCAAUGGGACCAUCACGACGCUGGAGAAGCGGUACAAGAUCCCGAGUAAGAACACAGGGAUCCUCUCAGUGGGCAAUGACAUCAGCACACUCUUCAUUUCGGCCAUCCUCAGCUACUACGGCGGCAAAGGACAUCGUCCGAGAUGGAUUGCAUUUGGAUUAUUUACGAUUGUGUUGUUUUGCGUGCUGACGGGAUUGCCGCACAUUAUUUACGGUCCCGGGGAGAAUGCACUUUCCCUGACCACAGAAUAUGGCGCCACAUUUGACGAAAAUACAACGCACGAGGUGAUGGAGGCGCAGAAGAUGAAGAUCCUCUGCAAGGCUAACCGGACAAGUGUAGAUGAUGAAUGUGAAACGGAGGAAGGAAAUCUCAUGCCCCAAGUUAUCCUGUUCCUGGCUCAAUUAAUCUCCGGUGUUGGCAGUUCACUGUACUACACACUAGGUGUAUCCUACAUGGAUGACAACGUGAAGAAGUCCAAAACUCCAGCAUUGAUUAGCUUAUCGUACUUCUUGAGGAUGUUGGGACCAGCUAUGGGCUAUGCUCUGGCAUCAGUUUGCCUCAAAAUGUACAUUUCGCCUUCGUUAACUCCCACAAUAAACAACACAGAUCCCAGAUGGUUAGGAGCAUGGUGGCUGGGAUGGUUUAUUCUGGCAGGAGUACUCAUUGUUUUCGCUUUUCUUCUUGGUCUCUUCCCGAAAAUCCUCCCAAGAGCAGCUGCAAGGAAGCGAAUAGCAGCAGAAAAAGCUAAAUUGGGUAUGAAAGUCGAUGAAGAAGUACAAGCAGAACUACCUGCAUCCAUAAAAGACAUGAUAACAACAUUCAAACGUCUGAUCUCCAACAACACCUUAAUGCUAAAUAAUCUAGCAUCGAUAUUUUACUUUUUCGGCUAUAUGCCCUACUGGAUCUUCACGCCAAAGUACAUUGAGACGCAGUACAGGCAAUCAGCAUCAGUUUCUAGUCUGGUAACUGGUACAGUUGCACUGGUCUUCUCAGCUAUUGGUGUCCUUCUGUCUGGCAUUGUGAUCUCCAAAUUUCGCCCAAGAGCACGGUAUAUGGCUGCCUGGAAUGUUCUCGUGGGAGGUCUUUCCGUUGUAGGAAUGAUCGGCUACGUAUUCCUUGGAUGUCCUGCUAACGACAACUCCAUGGUGACGGAGUAUACGGUGGCAAAUACAGCAAGGGAAGCUGCGAUGAAUCUCCCUCAGAAUUUCAGCUCAUGCAACAACAAUUGCCAUUGCGACUAUGUGAAGUAUUCUCCAGUUUGCGGUGAAGAUGGGAGAACCUUCAUCUCUGCCUGUCAUGCGGGAUGCAAGCAGCAAAUUAUCACAGAUCAGGGGAAAGUAUUCACAGAUUGCAGCUGUAUCGACAGCAAGAACCACACAAGAUCUCUAGACAAUACUUUUGGGAACUACAGCACAGAUUGGGAUGAGGACUACGUGAAAUCCACCGGAAGUGAAAGCGCACUGCAUGGAUUCGCAACACCUGGAUCGUGUCCUGUGGACUGCUACAAGCAGUUCUACCUCUUCCUGAUUGUUAUGUGCUUUAUAAAAUUCACAGGAGCCACGGGAAGAGCGUCAAAUUUCCUCGUUUCCGUGCGAUGUGUCGAGGAGAAGGAUAAACCCGUGGCCAUGGGCUUCAGUCUCAUGAUUAUGAGUUUGUUCUCCUUCAUUCCCAGUCCGAUCUUUUUCGGCGCUAUUCUGGAUAAAACGUGCCUCGUGUGGGGGAAAACGUGCACGGGGACUGGGAAUUGUUGGCUCUACGACGGGGAGACACUGAGGUACCUAAUGAAUUUCACAGCUGCUGGUUUUGUGAUCAUUGGAACGUUAUUUGAUGCGGGCGUUUGGUACUACGUGAAGGAUCUCAAGAUCUUUGACGACGAAGGCACAGAGACGGAGCUUAAGGAGAUGAAGAAGGCAAAGGAAGCACAAAUCCCGGAGAAGAAGUAAAGAUCUUCCUACUAACCAACCAAAUAGCUAUUUUUUGUGUAAAUAAAAUUCUUGAUGUUAAAGAAAA